CCUGAAGUUUUGCCCCCAUCGAAGAUCGCCGUUGGCUGUGUUGCUCCAAUUCCGAAGAACGCAUGCCUUCUUCCUGCACUUUUAUAUCUCAUAAAAGGUUUGCUUUCAAAAACACAAAUUGCUAAUUUCCUAACCGUUGGAUCAUUAUUUUUACACGUCACUCAUCAUUUUGAAAUGGGACGAAACUGGAGGUGAUCCUUUAUAGCAGCCAGUAAGGUCAGCCACAACUUAUACUCUUCAUUAGCAAAAAAAAAAAUGAUGAAUCCUGCUAAAGGGUCAUGGAAUACAUUGCUGCUUCUCUCCCUUCUUGUUUGCCCAAUUUGCAUUUCCCUUGACACCAUAACACCAGACCAACCCCUCAAGGAUGGUGAUGGUCAACUUCUACUCUCAAACCAAAAAACCUUUGCGCUUGGGUUUUUCAACCCCGGCAGUUCCAGUCACCGCUACGUUGGAAUUUGGUAUAACCAAAUUGCCGAAAAAACCGUUGUGUGGGUUGCAAACAGAGACGCUCCUCUCAAUGAUACCUCCGGAGUCCUCUCCAUCAACGGUAAGGGAAGCCUUGUACUCCACACCCAAAACCAAACCACUCCUAUUUGGUCCACCAAUGUUUCUUUUUCUGUCUCAUCCACAAAUAAUUCAAUGGCUAAGCUCUUAGAUAUAGGAAAUCUUGUUUUGGUUCAACGAGACAGCCAACAUGUUACAUGGCAGAGUUUUGAUUAUCCCACCAAUACUGUGCUUCCGUUUAUGAAACUUGGGCUAGACCGGCGGACCGGGUUAAACCGGUUCCUAACAUCUUGGAAGUCCAAAGAUGACCCGGGAAUUGGCAACUACUCAUAUCAAUUAGUUCCAACUGGGUACCCUCAGGCAUGCUUAUACAUGGGUCGGACUCUAUUAUGGCGUGCUGGAUCUUGGACUGGCCUAAGAUGGAGCGGUGUACCCGAAAUGACAUCAAAAUUAUUCAAUGUUAGCUUUGUGAAUAAUCAAGAAGAAACCACCAUUAUGUACAGUAUAUUUUCAAAUUUAGCUGACCCCAAAGUUUUUCCUAAAGCAAUGGUCGAUGAAUCGGGAAUUGUGCGACGAUCCUUAUGGCAGGAGACUAGAUGGGUCGAAUAUUGGUCCAGCUCACUAGCGUUAUGUGAUAAGUAUUUGAAUUGCAGUCCAAAUAGUUAUUGUGACCCAUACAAUGAGGUCAUUUUUGAGUGCAAGUGCUUUCCUGGAUUUGAACCCAAGUCAUCUCGUGAUUGCGUGGGGGAAAAGCAAGGAGUGUCCAUGUGCAACAAUAGAGAAGGUUUCGUGAAGUUGGCACAUAUGAAGGUGCCAGAUACUUCAAUAGCACAUGUGGACAUGAGUUUGAGUAUGAAAGAGUGUGAGCAAAAGUGUUUGAGGAAUUGUUCUUGUAUGGCUUACGCAAGUGCAAAUGAGAGUGAGGGAGGGAUUGGUUGCUUGACAUGGCAAGGGGACUUGGUGGACGCAAGAACAUAUGCUGAUCUAGGACAAGAUUUAUAUAUACGUGUGGAUGCAAUUGUAUUAGCUCAAUAUGCUAAGAAAAAUGGUCUUACUCAAAAAAAGAGGAUGCUGGCAAUUCUGGGAGUUUCUAUCGCUGUAAUGUUUCUUCUUGUAGUCCCAGUUGUGUAUUGUUUUGUAAUGAAGAAGAAGAAAGAGAAUAGGCAUAUCACAUAUUCAUAUAGUGUUGACUCUACUUUACCAUACUUCGAAGACUCUCCAAGUAGAAGGGACCUCGAUGGAACUAGAAGAAAUUCAAAUUUGCCAUUGUUUGAUCUAAAAACCAUUAUUGCAGCUACAGAUAACUUCUCUAUUUCUAACAAGCUUGGCCAAGGUGGUUUUGGCCCAGUUUAUAAGGGUUUGCUACAAAAUGGAAUGGAAAUAGCAGUAAAAAGACUAUCAAAAUGCUCUGGACAAGGAAUAGAACAAUUCAAAACAGAAGUUGCACUAAUUGCUAAACUCCAACAUAGAAACCUUGUGAGAAUUUUAGGUUGUUGCAUUCACAAAGAAGAGAAGAUGUUGAUCUAUGAGUACUUGCCAAAUAAAAGCUUGGACUCUUUCAUUUUUGAUGAAACAAAAAGGUCAUGUUUAGAUUGGGGAAAGCGAUUUGAGAUUAUUUGCGGAAUUGGUCGAGGGAUCUUAUAUCUUCAUCAAGACUCAAGAUUAAGAAUUAUCCAUAGAGAUUUAAAGGCCAGCAAUGUUCUACUUGACAAUGCAUUGAAUCCAAAAAUUUCAGAUUUUGGUAUGGCUAGAAUUGUUGGAGGAGAUCAAAUUGAAGCAAAUACAAAUUGCGUUGUUGGAACAUAUGGUUAUAUGUCACCUGAGUAUGCAAUGCAAGGACUAUUUUCAAUAAAGUCUGAUGUAUAUAGUUUUGGGGUAUUGCUGCUAGAGAUCAUUACUGGCAAAAAGAAUAGUACUUAUCAUCAUGAUGGUCCUUCCUCAAAUUUGAUUGGACAUGUUUGGGACCUAUGGAGAGAAGACAAUUUCAUGAAAAUGGUCGACCCAUUACUAGAUGAGGCAUACCCUACUAAUGAAGUUUCAAGAUGCAUUCAAAUUGGGCUUUUGUGUGUGCAAGAACAUGCAAUAGACCGGCCAACCAUGUCAACUGUUGUUUUCAUGUUGGGUAAUGACACACAUCUUCCUUCUCCAAAACAACCUGCAUUUAUUUUGAAGAGUACUUACAAUAGUACAGAUAGAUCAACUAGUUCAGCAUCUAAUUCAGUAAAUGAAAUAACACUUUCUACAAUUAACGGUCGUUAAAACCCCAAACUAUUUGUAGCAAGUGUACUAAUAUUCCAUUACAACAUAGGAUUGAGUUACUCUAAGUCUACUCUAAAUUACAAUUUUUUUUUU